UGUGUUUUUUGCCAUAUAAGAAGCUUGGGUUUUUGUUCUCUUGGCCUGGCAUUUAAUGCUCUUGAUUAUUGCUUUGGAAGAAGCAAUAUUUAUGGUUUUUGGGCUUUUCUUGAAGGCCUCGAAUCAAGUUCGUCUGCUGUCGUCUGUUUUUCUUGGAGAGUUUCCUUAAGUCAACUUAGAGGCUGGCCCUUGCCCAUGUGUUGAUUUGAAUGUUUUGUUGUCUUUCUGAAGGAAACUAUAUGCUCUUGCAUCUACUUGUAUUGAUUGAUGGAGACUUGUUAGUAGUUGACUGAGGAAGUUGGAUUCUUCGGGUGCUUUUUGAAGCUGUGGUCGAAAGAAGAAGAGGAGCAAGAAAAAGGAGGCGGCUUAUAAGUGAGAAGAUUGUGAUGAAUAUGAACAUGGAAGAAAUGAAAGAGAUUGAGAGGGUUGGGGGAGAGGGCAUGGAAGAAGUUAGAGAUGAGCCAGAGGAUAUCAAGAGGAUUGCUCCAUGGACUAAACAGAUUACAGUUAGGGGAAUUGUUGCUAGCAUAGCAAUUGGAAUCAUAUACAGUGUUAUAGUCAUGAAGCUGAAUCUCACCACUGGUCUAGUCCCAAAUCUCAAUGUCUCUGCUGCUCUUCUUGCAUUUGUGUUCCUCAGAACAUGGAGUGGUUUUGGAUCUUAUCUACUGGGUUUGAAUAGGAAGACAUAUGAGCAAGCUGGGGUUGAUACAGAGGGGAAUACUCCUGGGAGCACUGGGGAACCUGGGAUUGGUUGGAUGACUGGUUUCCUUUUUGUAAGCAGCUUUGUUGGGCUACUUGCUCUAGUUCCUCUGCGAAAGUACAAACAAGAUAUCAAGUGGAUUUGACAUUAAAACAACACUAGAGGGGCAGGUUCAUGGUAUUAGAUUCCCUCUAGUUUUUUUUUUAUUCCAUGUAUGUAAAAGGUCAAGCAUGCAAUGGUUUGUGUUAAUUAUAAAAUCAUUUAUGUUUUCCA